CCAGCGCUGCCCCCCCGGGACAUGGAGUUCCCGGCCGCUCUCUUCCCCUCCCACUUCGGAGCCGGCCCGCCCCGGCAGGAGGGGGGCCUCGCUCCGGCCGCCGGCUGGGGCGAACGCGGGCAGGUGCUGGAGGCCGGUCCAGGCCGCCACCAGGCCGAGCCGGUGUUCGUGCCCCGCCGCGGUGGGGCGGGCGAGAGCUGGGACCCCGCCGACGCCGCCGUCAUACCCUGCCUGCCGCCUAACGCGAGCUGCUGGGUCCCCUCAGUCGCCCCUCGGGACAUCCUCUACCGCGGCAUGCUGCACAGGAAGCUCCAGGAAGGCAAGUCCGGAGGCACACUGGACUUCGCCAAGCAGCUGAGCCAUUUCUUUGUGGAUCACCCAGAAGAUGCAUUUGGCUCCCUGGGGCAACUGCUGCACAAGAACUUCCACUUGGGCGACUCGGGCCUGAGGAGACCGGCUCGGGAAAGCACCAUCCGGAUGACAGCCUUGAUGGAGGAAAUUGAACGUUUAGAAGGCAGGCGCGGCUGCCCCCAGAAGCACGUUGUUUCCCGCCUGCGCUGGUUCUCCCACCUCUGCCGGGACUGGCUGUUCGAGAUGCCACUGGUGAUGCUGGCAGACUGCGUGCAUGAGGAGCUGCUGCUACAGUGGGCCAGCCUGCUCUUCGAUGACAGCCCUACAGGGGGGGCGCUGGCCUGGCUGCCCCCCAAAGACACUGGGGCACGCGUGGGCUGCCUGGUGUACCCCAGAGGGCCGGCCAUGAACCACCUCUAUUUCCAGGACAUGGUGCUGGAGAAGCUACCCCAUGCCCAGGGCUCCCCAGCACGGUUUGAGCUCAAUGGGCACAUACGGCAAAUAGCUGCUGCACGGGUGGAUGGGGAAGAUUUCGUUGGUGUCCGCUCAGACUAUCACUGUGGUGUUUGGAGGGUGUCAGGCAGGAUGGGAGCAGCUCCCACCCCACUGCAGGUGAUCCGCACCAGCAUGCCUGCCUCCUGUCUCACUGUCAGCCCUCACCUCCCUGGGGAGCUGGCUGUCUGCACCCAGAGCGGAGCUGUCUACCUCUGGAGCGUCGAGACAGGGCUACAGCAGCUCCGACACGACCCGCAGACCAUGUUUUUCCGGGACCACUCACCCUGGCGCUGGAGCGACUUCACUGCCCACCCGCGUGUGCUGAGCUGUGCUGACCGCACUGGCCUGCAGUGCCUGGACACCCGGGUCCCUGAGAGGUGCCAGUUUGACUUGUUCAAGGUGGGUGAGGAAGCCAGCUGCCAGCGGGGCGAGCGUGUGGUGCUGCCUAUGUACCUGGGCAAGGCUCAUCCUUCCCAGCACCUUGUCACCACCCAGUUCUCUGUGUACGUGCUGGAUGAGCGGUUGCCACUGGUGCCUGUGCUCAAGUGGGUACACAUGAUGAAGGACCCCCCUCUCUUUGCCCACCUGAUACCAGGGGGCUCUGAGAGGAACCAUAAGGUGCUGCUUGGCACAUCCUGCACCCAGGAGCUGUUACUGCUGCAAUACCGGGGGGACAGCCAGUCAGUCUGCCAGCUAGCAGGACCUCCACAGAAGCUGCACAGCAUCGCUGGCUGCCUGCAGCACCUACCUGCACAGCUCCCGCACAGACACUGGCUGCUCCAGCACCGCCUGAACACCCCAGCGGCUGGUCUGGCUGCCACAGUGGAGAAGGAUGGACCACAGGAAUCCCUGCUGGUUUUCCAGCUCUCUGAGGCCGGGGAUGUCUUCUGCCAGAGGCUGACUCACAAGGCAGCGCAUCCCCCUCCACCAGCUGCGGUAGAUGAGGCCACAACAGCCCCUGGCUCUUCCCCUGUCUUCACGUCUCCAGUCAGGAGGCCGCCAGGCUUGGGCAGUGAGGAGGAAGAGCAAACUUUGUCCAAUCCAGAAGUGAUUUUCAAUGAGGAGGAAGAGCAGGUGUUAAACACUCCAACAGCCCAGGAUGAUGCCGAUCUGCCACAGCCACCCUGUGCCAGCCCAGAGCCCUCCCCAGUGGUGCCCAGCCCAGACACUGACCUGCUGUACCGCCCCUGGCUGAAGGCCCUGUUCAAGGGCUGCAAGAAGCACCUCCGGCACACCUCGCCUUCUACCAUCAGCCAGAAUCGCCUGUUCUUCCGCAAAGAGCUGGAGGCACCGGCAGCGCCCAAUGCCCUGCAGGAACGGGCACGCCAGCGGCUGCGCCAAGCUAUGCGGGAGGGGGGCCGCAUCCAGCGCAGGGACUUCACGGACCUCCAGACCUGCACCCCACCGCAGCCUCUGGAGGUGGAGGGAGAUCCCGACCCCCUGAGCACCCGUCUAACGGCAGCCUGGUCCGGGGAUUGGGGCCAGUGGUGGGAGGAGAGGACGAGCUUCCAGCUGGUGCAGGCGCAGAGGGCGCUGCGGGAGCGGCGGCGGCGGCAGAAGCAAGCCCGGGGCCGGCGCAGCCUCUCGGCCAGCUUCACCUCGUCCCUUACGUACCAGUCCGAGCUGAGCGACUCCGGCCCCCUGCCACCCACCCCCGGGCUGUCCCAGGAGCGCAGCCUGCCGCCGCUGCCACCCUCCAGCCCCCCGGCACCGCCGGAGGACGGGCUGCUCUCCUCGCAGAGCCUGCGCUCCCGCGGCAUCCCCAAGGAGCGGCGCAGGACGUUGCGAGUCUACCUCGGGAUGUGGGACGAGCCGCUCGCCGACGCCGCCGAGCCCCCCGGGAGCCAGGCCAGCCAAACCUGCAUCCCGUCCUCACAGAGCCAGCUCUCCUCCGCUUCCCAGACCCGCCGCAAGCGGCCGCGCAUGGGCUUCUGAGCCGCAAUAAACACGGGCAGCACCGCUU